AAGAUAUAGAAAUGGAGAUAAAAUAUAUCAUGGCGUGUCGUGGAUUGAUUCACUCCGUAAGGUUUUACUAUAGCGACAAACCGGAAGUAUCAAAAUGUCGAAGGGUACCACAAUCAAGGAAGCUCUAGCAAAAUGGGAGGAAAAAAAUGGCGAGAAAGCUUGUGAUGCAAUAAAGGUUGAUCUUUACUUCCAAAUCUCUCCCAUUGAAAAAAUGGAUGCAUCUUUAUCAACACUCACAUGUUGCCAAAAGUUGUCUUUAUCUACAAACUGUAUUGAAAAAAUAGCCAAUCUGAAUGGUCUCAAAAAUCUUAAAAGACUAUCCCUGGGAAGGAACAACAUAAAAAGUUUAACAGGAUUGGAAGCAGUUGGUGAUACUUUAGAAGAGCUAUGGAUAUCAUACAAUUUUAUAGAAAAGUUGAAAGGAAUAAAUGUCCUUAAAAAACUAAAAAUACUUUACAUGUCCAAUAACAAUGUCAAGGACUGGGGUGAAUUUGGAAAAUUGAGUGACCUGCCAUGUUUAGAGGAACUCUUGUUCACUGGAAACCCCCUUGAAGAAAAACAUUCAGCCGAUGGGGACUGGAGGGAUCUCGUCAUCAAAAAGCUUACCAAACUCAAAAAAUUGGAUGGUGAACCUGUCGUCAGAGAUGAUGCUGAUGAAGACUAAUAGAUGGCAGCUCUUAUUUGCGCACAGUUUUCUAGAAAAUGUGUUGUUGUUACUGAGACUGUUAUCUAAUCUCACAAAUAAACAGACACAGAAAGAAAACAUAAAAACAGUUAGACAACCUUGGAAAACUGUGUGAAACAGAAUGUAUACUUAUUGUACAUAAUGUUAUAUACAAAUCAACAAAAAUGGACAAAGUGAAGAUACUAAGUUUGGGAAUAAUAUUCAAAAAAGAAAAUGAAAUAGUUUGUUCAAAUAUGCAGUUUCUCAGACAUUUAAAAAUAUUUUGCUGUUAUUUGAUUUAGAAUUUUGUAAAUAUAAAUGUAUAUAUUUGUGUUGUUAUGUAUAGUAAUACACUCUAUGUGAAAUAUUGUAUAUGAAAUAAAUUGCAUGAAUUUAAUAUGGCAC